GUUGGCAGCAAAAGUUGAUCAAUGUCAACAGGUUCACUGAGAGUGCCAGCCGGUCAGCCUAUUGGGACCGGCCUAUGAAUGCAUUCAGUGCAUAGAAAUGUUUUGGCAGUGUAUCCGCCCCUGAGCAUGCAAUAUAUAUUGAGCCUCUGAUGCCAUCCCACAGCAACUGGCACCCCAGAACUGCUCAUCACACCCAUCCUGGUUCACAAUGGCAACUGAUCAUCAGAUCCCUGCAACCAAACAAAAGCAACCAGCGACCAGUGCAUUCAAGUUGGUGAUCUACGAACAGGAGAACUUCCAAGGCCGCUGUCAUGAGCUGACUGGGCCCUGUAACAACGUCCAGGAGGCGGGCCUGGAGAAAGUGGGCUCAAUACUCGUUCUGUGUGGACCGUGGGUGGGAUAUGAGCAGCCCGGCUGUAAGGGGGAGCAGUAUGUGUUCGAGAAGGGUGAGUAUCCUCGCUGGGAUGCCUGGACCAACAGCAGACGCAGUGACUGCAUCUUCUCCUUCCGCCCCAUUAAAGUGGAUAGCCAGGAACACAACAUCGUGCUGUACGAGAACCCAAGCUUCGCUGGGAAGAAGAUUGAGAUCAUAGAUGAUGAUGUCCCCAGCUUUCACGCUCAUGGAUAUCAUGAGAAAGUUUCCUCAGUCCGUGUGCAGAUUGGCACCUGGGUGGGUUAUCAGUACCCAGGAUACAGAGGCUAUCAGUACUUGUUUGAGAAAGGAGAGUAUAAGGAGUGUUCUGAGUUCGGGGCUGUGCUGCCUCAGAUCCAGUCAGUGAGGCGCAUUCGUGACAUGCAAUGGCACCAAAGAGGAGCUUUUCUUCCCACUAACUGAGCGACCAGCACAUCUCUUCACCCCCAGCUUCUGACGCUCUUCUUCUCCUUUGAAUGCUGAUCUUUCAAGACUCUUUCAGUUGUGUCAGUGAUUCCAUUUCCACUGCAGAGUAAAAAUAACUGCUUUUGCGUUAUGAUUGACUACGAGUUUUAUUUAGGGUUUUAUAGUUUGAAACUGGCUUGAAUUUUAUGAAAACAAUUUUUAUUAAUGAUUAUUAUUUAACAUUUUUUUUAUAAAAAAAUUAUUUGAGACUGACUCAUGCAGUACUCAGUAAACAGAAAAAUAUUUUAGGAGGAAUAUAUUUACAUAUUUCAAACAGUUUUUACCAUUUGCUCAGGAUAUCUCAAAGUA